AGGUAUCUAAUAUGGUUUAUGGUCUUUCGCAAGACCAGCAGAACAGGUCCAAUAAAGUGAGAAUCACAUAUGGUUUCUUCCCUAAUAUAAAUAAUAGGUUAAAGGCUAAAUGAAUAGAGCCUGAUUAUUAUGCCACACAGAUUCUUUGUGGGAAUGGUGAUUUUAUAGUAAAUUAAAUUUGUUCCACCUGGUUGAGGAUGACCACUGUGAGUGCAGUGCCAUCAACACCCUCCAGCAUUUUAUAUUGUGUUUUAUUUUAUAAUGAAAUUGAGGAAAUAAAAGGUAUUUUAAAUAUUAACUCCUCUCAAAUUGAUUUUAGUAUGGUCUGCACCAACUUAAUGUGCACAAAAAGUUAUUUAUAAUGGUGCUUUUAAUUUAUGCUUCUAACACAAUAAAGUGUUAUAAAUUAAGACACAUGGCGGGUUUUCCCAUCAUUCUCAUCAGAAUUGCAAGUCUGGACAUAAUUGAUAUGUACCCUUCCAUAAUAUGGGAAAUAAUUGAACCAAAGCUGACACAACUUAAAAUUGAACCUGAAAUAAUAGACCUAAUCGAAUUUACCUACAGAAGCAACUACUUUGAAAUAAACAGUAAAUAUUACACACAGAAUAGUGGAAUUAGUAUGGGGUCCGUAAUAGGACCGAAACUAGCAGAGAUCAUAAUGAUAGAUAUAGACAAAGAAAUAAGUGACAUAUAUGGUAUAAAGUUCUACAGAAGAUACGUAGACGAUGUCCUAAUAAUAUAUGAUGAAGUCGAAAUUAACACUACUAAAAUCAGAAAAAUAAUAAAUAAUAUCCAUAAAAAUAUUCAAUUUAAAAUAGAAGAAGAAGAUAAAAUUACCAACAGCAUAAAUUAUUUAGAUAUUACAAUUAAAAGAAAUAAUACAAAUCUCGAAUUUGAACCGUUUAAAAAGCAGUGCUCAAUAAAUACCACAGUUAACUAUAAUUCUAACAUACCACUUCAUAUAAAACAAAACAUAUUUAAUAUGGAAUACACUAAAAUCAAAAAUAGAACUAGUAUAAAUACUAAACAAAUCGAACAUUUAAAUACACUAAAGAAAAAAUUUAUUCUUUCAGGAUACCCAAACAGAAUCCUUAAUAUUUGGGAAAAAGAAAUAGAUAAAAAAACAGAUAAAACAAUAAGAAUAGAUCCUAAACAAGCCGAAAUAAAAUACAUUCGUUUCCCAUAUAUAAAAGGUCUAUACGAAGAAGUUAAUAAAGAAGUCAAAAAAAUUAAUGUAAAACUAGUACCGACAUACGAUAAGCUAAUCUCCAGAUUAAAUGCAAAACAAGUUAACAAAACAAAUAUAACAAAGAAAGAAGAAAGUAAAAAUGUAGUCUAUAAAAUUCCGUGUACAUGCGAAAAUAAAAAAUUUUAUAUAGGUGAAACUAAACGUAAAGUUAAAGUAAGAUUGAAAGAACAUAUAGCUGAUUUGAAAUAUCGUAGACCAAAUUCUGCUUUUCAUGAACACUGCCUUUUAAAUAAUUGUAAUAUAGACAAAAAUAAUAUAGAUAUUUUACACAGAGAAAAAGAUACAUAUAAAAGAAAAUUCAAAGAAAGUAUAGAAAUAAUCAAAAAUCAAAAUAGUAUAAAUAAAAAUCCUAGCAUCUCUAUAAACGAAAACUGGUUAAAAUUUUUAUAUUGAUUGUAUUCACUGGAUUCAAAUUAUUAUUAUUGUGAUCAAUGUGCUAAAUAAUAAUUAUUGAACUGUUAAAUAAAUCAAUAACAAAAAACUGUAAUGUCGUAAUGGGAGUCAAAUAAUAUGUAAAUCUACAUUAAAUGUUAAUAAUGUUUACCAACUUCAAGACAUUGUAAUAUCAAUAGUUCAAAUAAUAAUCUAUAAUAUUAAAUAUUAAAAUGUUAAAUAAAUCAACAAUCAUACAUUGUAAAAAAUAUAGUAGAUGUCAGAUAUGUAAAUUUAUAUUGUAGAAGUUAUGUAAAUUCGUAUUAUAUUGUGAAUGUGUAUCAAAAGAAAUAAGGAUUUUGUAGAAAGCAUAAUCAAUUGUAAACCAAUUUGAUAGUUGUUGUCCAGUGUAUGUUUAUAUCAAGAAUAUGUUUUAUAGUUUAUAUUGGUUAUAUAAUAAGUUUAUGUCCAGAAUAUGUUUUAUAUCAGGGAUUUUGUAGAACUGUUUUGUAAGUGAAAGUUGGCUGAAGAGGGGCUUAAGAGCCCGAAACGUGUAAAAAUUUUC